CAGCACCACUUCUUUCAAUCAAGGCCUGGUCGGAUUUAACGACUUGAACCCCACACAACUCAAUUCUGUUCCCCUCAAGCUUGGCCCAUAUCACAAUGGACAACGCCCGAGGAAGCUCCAUGCCUCCUUACACGCCUAUAUCAAGUCAGACUCCACCACUCCCUCCUUCUUCCCCGGAGAUUGAGAAUCCCCUAGAACUCAAUCCGUUCAGUGACGGGUACCACGCCUUCGACAACCAAGUCCCGCCCCUGACGCCUACACCGGAACCAGAGCAAGACGAAGAGCAGUUCCCAUCUCUUGACGAGUUUUGGGCUAUGAUAGAGCAACCCCGCCGCGAAAAUACGCCUCUUCCCAAAUACUCGCCAUUGGAGAUCAAGCCUCCCUCAUAUGACUGCCCUGCAGACGAGCACGUGCAUCAAGGCGUGUGGUACUGCCACAACACCCUGCAGCUCAUCUCCUGGCCUGAGGCUAAGAAGUUAAGAUCUUUAGACUUCAGUAGAUGGACAGAUAAAGGAGGCGGUAGAUCUGCGAUGGAAUUAGGGUACUUGGCCGUUUGCCCCGACUGCGGGUUCCUGUGGGGUGCUAGUGUGCCGGAUGAGACGCCAGGACUUCGCCAGUGGGCGAGGAACGUUGUGAAGAAAGGAAUUGUGAAAGUGCUCAAUGGGGUAUUCGAGAAGCCUAAUAAAGGCUAUGAAAUUGGUCCAGGCCUGAUGGGCUGCGCCUGCGGCGGAACAUUCGCGAACGAUUGGACUUACUUCCGGAUUGUUGGGGAAGGCCGCUUCGAUCCGAUUGCGACAUCGAUGCGGGUGUUGGAGAGGUUGGAGAAUGAAAUGCCGGAAGGGGAGCGGGUUGCUUUGUAUUAA